AUGCCCGAGGAGUUGCCUAAGCACUUGCCGCCCAGGCGAGAGGCGGAUCACAAGAUUGAGUUGGAUCCAGGGGCUAAGACACCCGCAUUUUCCCCAUAUCGUAUGGCACCUCCCGAGCUAGAGGAGCUCAGGAAACAAUUGAAGGAGCUUGGAUACUCAGCAGAGGCCGUACCAUUGACUGAGUUGCUAAAGAAGAACAAGCCAUGGGUUUGGAUGGAGCAUUGUCAAAAGGCAUUUGAAUGCCUUAAGGCAGCUGUAACAGAGGAGCCAGUUUUGGCAUUACCUGACUUUGCCAAGACAUUUGAGAUACAGAAUAAGCUCACACCAAAGCAGGCUAGGUGGCAGGAUUUCUUAGCCGAGUUUGAUUAUGCGCUGGAGUAUAAGCCGGGAAAAGGUAAUGUUGUAUCUGAUGCCUUGAGCCAGAAAGCCAAGCUUGCUGCAAUCACUUCAGACAAGGUUGAACAACAACAACCCGGAGGACUUUUGGAGUCACUACCAGUUGCAGAGCGUCCAUGGGAGAGCGUGACUAUAGACUUUAUCACUUGCCUACCGAAGUCUGACGGUUAUGGUACUAUUAUGUUGGUCGUGGAUAGAUUUUCCAAAUAUGGCACCUUCAUGCCCGCCUCACCGGGUUGCACAGCUAAGGAAGCCGCCAAGCUAUUCUUUAAGAACGUGAAGGGAUUGGGCACAAGGGUGAACCUCAGCACCGCUUUUCAUCCUCAGACAGAUAUCCAGGCGGAGCGCACCAUUGAGACUCUUGAGGAUAUGUUGAGGGCGUGUGUUAUUGAUUUUAAAGGUAAUUGGGACGAUCAUCUACCUAUCAUUGAGUUUGCUUAUAAUAACAGCUAUCACUCUAGUAUCAAGAUGACAUCAUACGAAGCUCUGUAUGGGAAGGUGUAG